UAACGUUAAUCCUUCUAUAUUCAAAGAACCUUAGUUAACUAACGUUACAUGUUCUGUUUAGAGGCGAAUUGGCUCUGACACUGACAGCCAAAUACUCCAUUUAAACGUGAAUAAAUUCUCCGUUGCGGUACGGUUCUAGCAACAUAAAACCCUAUACUUUUAUAAUACAUCAAAAUAAUUUCACAAUAUAUGCAGCCGACCGUAUUUUUUUUGUGACAACGCGUCCGUCUUUCAUUACGUCACUGAGAUUUAAAAUAACUAGAGACUGUCCAAGAUGUCCGACCMUUUUCAACAUAAUCUACCCAUUUUCCCAUCCGUCAGAGAGGAAGAGGCGAAGCGAGAGGGCUCACUGGGGCAAAAAUCUGURUUCUCACCCGGCAGCGUUAUUUCGUUUCUUUCGCUAGGUCAACGAGUGUCAAAUUUGGUCAACAAAAAUUUCACAGGCAAGCUACCUAUGCUCCCUCUGGAAGUCCUGGAGGAGAUACUGCUGAAUGUACAUCCACACCAGGUGGUGUGUGUCUGUCGACUGGUGUGUCAUGAGUGGAAAGAAGUAGUAGACAGUGAUUCUCUUUGGAGAGAGAGGUGCCGAAGAGAGGGAUACCAGACAUGUGAUGCCACUAAACUACCGGAAGACUGGCGUUUAUUUUACUUCUUGUGUAAGAAGAGACGUAAUCUUAUCAAAAACCCCGGAGCAGAGGAUAAAUUCAAUGGCUGGCAGAUUAUGAAGAAUGGAGGGGAUCAAUGGAACAUAGAGCCAGGGGACCUUAAUAACACGGCCAUAAAAUACUUUGUGACGUCUUACGCGACCUGCAUGAAGUCUCAGCUGAUUGACUUGGAGGAAGAGGGUUACAGGCCUUCUUUAAUGGAUGACUUUCAACCUGCCAUAGUAAUAUCUGACUGGUAUGCUCCACGCCGGGACUGUGGCUCUGAAUAUGAGAUCUGUGUUGAGUUGCUAAAUCAAAAGAAGAAGCCAAUUAGGAAGUUUAGUCCAGAUACUGUCAUCUUUCAACAGUGGAAUGAUCAGAAAUGGAAUCAGAUGACUCAUGUGUUCAAGAAUUAUGGACCAGGUGUGCGAUACAUCCGAUUUAUUCAUGGAGGAAAGGACACUCAGUUCUGGGCCGGCUGGUAUGGAAUAAGGGUCACCAACAGUAGUGUUGAGAUCUGCCUAUCAGUGGACAGAUAGCUUUCGGGGUGUUCCCAAUUUCAAGAGGUCACAUGUGAAUGUUGUGCCUACUUGAAAGCUUUACUUUAGCAUCUGAAAUCUCCCUUAGAAUACUUUUGUGUAUACCUUGUUCCAGUUUWUCUGUCUUAGGCAAUAUGUUGUUUCUCUGUGGAUAUAGACUAUUUUGGCUGUAGAAUAUAUAAUUUGUGUCUGUCUCUGAAUUAUACAGACCAAUACAAAUAUGCACUGUAUAUGCCUGGAAUACAUUGAAGCCAUAAACAAAGACAGACAGACCAAGGAGAGAAAGGAAAGUGCUAACUUGAAUGUAAUUUAGUAUGUAUAUAAACGUCUGACCCACUUUGACAAAUGCCACACUAAACGUUUGCAAUCUUUUGGUUGAAUUCACCUACUUUUCUUAACAUGUAUAAGAAUGUAAUUGUUAACAUGUACAGUACCAGUAAAAAGUUUGGACACACC